AUGGAACACUAUUCAAAAGAAUACAUUGAAUGUAAGGAUAUAUAUGUAAAGGUGGUAUCUAAAUUAUUGAAAGACAUAAUACAUACCACAAAGAAUGAACAUAAUGAUCCAAAUCAUAGAUUUGCUAAAUAUCCAACAAGAUUUGAGUAUCAUCUACGCAAUUUAGAAAUAUCUCAUGUUCCAGAAAUACAUAUGAUACAUUUAGCUCAUAGAAAAGAAUUAGCAAAAAAAGCAAUCAAAGGUGUACACUAUUAA